UUGCUUCCUUUGACCAGACUGGAGCCCGCGCCAGCUUACUUGUGGGACAAAGGUGCACAUGUGAAACACCAGUCAACCAUCAAUGACAAUGGCCACCACCUUUCAUUCCUUCCCACGCCUCCCCUUUGAGAUUCGUAGCCAAAUCUGGGCCUUGGCAGCGCACCCGCGUCUCGUCCACAUCCGCACACAGCCCAAGCCCGGCCGUUUUGAGGGCCACCGUUGGGCAGGCGCGGACCGUUAUUUUGCCUCCAUGAUUCCACAGGCGGAACUCAUGCAUGUCUGCCGAGAGUCUCGUCAACUCGCCCCAUAUCAGAAAGCAUUCUUCACUACAUUACCUGGCGAGUCCGAGGCUCGGUAUAUUUGGUUCAACUUUAAUGAGGACAUGAUCUCCCUUCAACACGAGAAUUUGUACGGCCUUGACCCGCAUGCAGCCGAUAUUCAGCGGCUUAGGUUUAUGGUGCCAACAGGGAGAGAAUUUGAAGACUGGGCCGAAGGAUUUACUAGGUUUACAAAGGACCGGUUUAAGCAGUUUACAGCUCUGCGGGAGGUGCACUUUGCCGUAUCGUCUGGCAUGACUCACUGGGGUACAACCUCUUGCUCGUAUCGCAUUUGUUCAAAUGUUAGAUUCGUUGACCUUCAUACGGGGCUCAUGUUGACUCACCCUCAGAUUGAGUUAGCAGAACAAUGGAAUUCCGAGAAGGGGUGGCUAGUACAGGAUAUGGAUAACUUCGACGAAGAGUUGCAGUGGGCUAAUGAUAAUAUGAAAACUUUUAUUGAGGAUUGGUCGGAGGUAGAAUAAGAUACAUGUAUACUACAGUAACUUAUUUGAAUAAUAGGCAGAUUUGUGCAUGGCCAAAUCAUGCUUCAAACAACUGAAUGGUAAAUGUUCUCAAGCCCUCAAC